AUGACAGAUAUUAUUAUUGAUGAUGACAUUAUCGAAACAAACAGAUCAAUUACAUCAGCUCGUCGACCAAUGUUUAUUGAAACUGAAGUGCGAACAGAUACAAUUACUAAGCGACGAGUAGGUUCAACAACGGCAAACAGAAGUGUACAUGAUAUACUUCAGAAUACCAAAUCACCAACUGAUGGUUUGCCACCAACAACUUAUACCUACGCUCACAGUGUAUCUUAUAUGCCCGUGACGCAAAAUGGCUCAUAUGAUGUUCCCGUUAUGGCUCGUCGUGAUUUACAUGGUGAUUAUCCUGCCUAUGGAUCGCGAAGUUUUUCUUCAGCAUCGUCAGCACUUUCGUCGCCGGGAAGAUUUAUUUCAAAUGUACGAUCUCAAUUAGUGAAUAGUUACUCUGCUAUCCGCGAUCGGUUAACACAUCAUAGCAAUCAGGAUCAAGCAGCACCAAUCUUGAAUUCUCCAUCGUCCUUUGGUGGUUCACGAUAUACGCGUUCAUCGUCGCAAUCAUCAACGAAUGCCCAAUCGGGAAACUAUAAUCUUCGCCGACGUGGCACUCCUGUUCACUCAACACCUCGUGAUAUCGAUAGUGAAGAACGCAAAAUAACGAGUAAACAACGAAAAGAAAGAAAAAGUCAAGAUAGCCAGCAUGAUUACGAGGAAAUUAAUGAAGAUUAUGGUGGAAAACACGAAAAAGAAGUGAAGGAACAAGAAGAUCAAGAUAAUAUUGUUGUUCGUUUAAUCAAAAGAAUUAUUCGUUUACCAUUUGAUAUUCUGAGUUUUGUCUGGCAUAAAUUCUUCGGUUUACCAUGGUGGAUACUUCUUCCACUUCUACUCUUUCUUGGUUUUUAUGCUUUUCCUCAUCUGGCUUGCAAGCCAUUUGAACAUUAUCCGGAAUCAAAACUUUACCAAGGUUGUCGAAGAUUUCAAGAAUACGCCGAUAAUGUCACCCGUCAGUCAGUUCACUUUGUCGAGGAUCAAACGUACAACCGUGGCGGUCGUGUGUUACAAACGAUUUUGACGACGACGAAGAAUGCCAAAAAUACAGUUCUGAACAAAUUCGACGAUGUGUAUUAUGGUGUCAGGAAAUUUUUUCAUCGAAAAGUUGACAAUGUCAAAGAGAGUGUUGGUGGAGCAGUUGAAACAACCACAGACAGCGCUAAGCAAUAUUGUGAGGCUGGUUUACAGAAAGUGAACAACUUAAUCGAAGAAUUCAAACGCGAAAAAGAAAAAUAUCUUGGUUCCAGCCACGCUUUGAAACCUGCUCAAGAAAGAGAAUUAGAAGCUUUAAUUCGAUUGUUGCUCGACGAAUAUGCAGCCGAUGAAACUGGUCAAGCUGAUUACGCACUCGAAGCAAACGGAGGAAAAAUUGUCGAUACAAGAUGUACUGAGUAUACGGAAGAACCGCGUCAAAAUGUUGUGAAAUUCCUCGGUAUUCCAAUUAUACAUAUGUCAAAGCAGCCAAAUAUUUUGAUCAAAUCGGGUCGUAUGCCUGGUCAGUGUUUUCCCUUCAAGGGUGAUCAUGGCAGUGUAGUAAUCAAGUUAGCAGUGCCCGUGAAACCAAAAGAAUUCGUCCUUGAACAUUUAACAAAAAGUAUUUCUAUCGUUGGACAUAUCAAUAGUGCACCAAAUAACUUUACUGUUUAUGCAUUGAAAGACAAAAAUGAUAAAGAAGGUAUAGUUCUCGGUCGAUAUUUUUACGAUGCUGAAAAUGGCCCAUCACUUCAACGAUUUAAACCUCAACUUGUCAAUGUUCCAGUUGUGGAAUUUCUCGAAGUCCGAAUUACAUCGAAUUGGGGUAACCCUAAUUAUACCUGUCUAUACCGGUUUCGUGUUCAUGGGGAUUUACAAUCGAUACAACCAUCAGCACCACCUGCUGCCUAA